GCUUAGCCGAUCUUCAUUGCCGGCAGUUGAAAGCCACGUCCAAAUGGCUCUGGCCGCACGCGAGCCAUCCCGAGCCCCGGAAUUUCCUCCGGUCGCCAUCGUUUCGAUAUAAGUAUGUAGCCGGGCCCCGGUUUUAUACCGGGGCGAGGUGAAAGUCGAGAAUUUCCACCCCCCCAAAGCCCUUUUGCACCUCCGUGUCUCAUUCUAAAAAUCCGUCACGAUGGCCUCUCCAAUUCCCCGGGGCCUGCGCCAGGUCCUCCAGAAGUCUCCUUCGGACAUCGUUAUCCUUUCCGCCCUCCGUACCCCGGUCACCCGUGCGAAGAAGGGUGGCUUCAAGGAUGCCUACCCCGAGGAGCUGCUCGCUAGCGUGCUCCGGGCUACUCUCGAGGCGAACCCGAACCUGGACCCAGCUCUGAUUGACGAUGUCGCCAUCGGUUCCGUUCUCCAGGAGCUGGGUGGUGCGAAGGCCGGCCGUAUGGCUCAGAUCCACGCCGGCUUCCCCCACAGCGUCCCUUUCCACACGAUCAACAGACAAUGCUCCUCUGGUCUGGCGGCGAUCUCGACCAUCGGAAAUGGCAUCCGCGCCGGAGCCAUCAACGUCGGUAUUGGUGGAGGAAUGGAGUCCAUGACCAGAAACUAUGGCUCCCGUGCCAUCCCCACCGUCCUUUGGCCUGAGCUGAAGGAGUCUCCCUCCAAGGACUCCAGAGACUGCAUUAUGCCCAUGGGUAUCACAUCCGAGAACGUUGCCUCGCGGUACGGAAUCUCCCGGGCGGACCAAGACGUCUUCGCCGCCGAGUCCCACAAGAAGGCGACUGCUGCCCAGAAUGCCGGCCUGUUCGACGCGGAAAUCGUCCCCGUGAAGACCCUCAGCUUCGACCCUGAGAAUCCCGAUGCUCCUCCCAAGGAGAUCACCGUGGCCAAGGACGACGGUAUCCGCAGCAACAUCUCGGUUGAGAAGAUGGCUAGCCUGAAGCCCGCUUUCUCCGCCACUGGCGCUAGCACUGCUGGAAACAGCUCGCAGGUCAGCGAUGGUGCCGCUGCUGUUCUGUUGAUGCGCCGUUCGACUGCCACCGAACUCGGCCUGACCUCUUCCAUCAAGGCCCGCUGGGUUGGUACUGCCGUUGCUGGUUGUGCUCCCGAUGAGAUGGGAGUCGGACCCGCGGUGGCCAUUCCUAAGCUGCUUCAGCAGCUUGACAUGGCUGUCUCGGAUGUCAACAUCUGGGAGAUCAACGAGGCCUUUGCCUCCCAGGCCCUGUACUCGGUCCGCAAGCUGGGCAUUGACGAGGCCAAGGUGAACCCCAAGGGUGGUGCUAUCGCCAUUGGCCACCCUCUCGGUGCUACCGGAGCCAGACAGCUAGCGACUCUCCUUCCUGAGCUGGAGCGUACCGGCCAGGAGGUCGGUGUUGUGAGCAUGUGCAUUGGUACCGGCAUGGGUAUGGCUGGUAUGUUCGUUCGGGAGUAAAAAUGGGGCGUUUUCUUCUUGUACAGUUUGGGUUCGGUUACAGCGAUUAGUUCUCAUGAUAUCAGCGUAGACGCAUGUACAUACACCCACAAUUGAUUGUUCUUAUACCCA